ACACUGCGUAGGUUGGCGCCCUGCUGUGGAUGUGCUCGUGGUCGCCGUACUGCGGUUUUCUUCUGGGAAGCAUGCGGACACAGUCUGCAGACAUGACGCAGGUGGUAAGGUUGCCUUCAUCGCCGAGAGCAAAAGACAGCGGCGCUCUGGAACAGCGACGGCAGCAGCUGGCACGGUGCCGGGCGUGCGGCUUCCUCAUGGUGGGGCAGGUGUCCUGCUGCCCCAACAGUCACGCCACCUGCUGCUCACAGGGUGGCAAGUGCCGGGUCUGCGGUGAGCCGCUGCUACCGCCCUCCACCUACACACUGAACCUGCAACAGCUGGCAGCUGCAGAGCCUGUGGUGCAGUGCGCCCAGCCCGGCUGCCCCGAGCGCGCGCCGUUACCACAGAUGGCGGCGCAUGAGCGCAUCUGCGCGCACCGCCCUAUGCGCUGCCUCGUCGAGCCGGACACCUGUUCGUGGCACGGGCGGCGCGCCGACCUGGAGGCCCACACCCAGGCCCAACAUCCGCACCACUUCGUGCGCUUCCCCAGCACAGCAGGCGCCAGCGUCUCGUGGCGCAUCUCCAAGCAGGGCUGCUGUGUCGAUCUGACGCGCCACCUCGUCAUGGCACUGGGCGAGACAUUCGUCUACCAGAAGGAAUUCUGCUACCCGGAGCGCCAGCUGUACAUUGCUGUGCAGCUGUUGGGCCCGCCCGAACGCAGCAUGCGCUUCCGGUACAAGUUCGAGCUUACCCGCAAUAAGGUGGCCCACUCUGUGACUUUCGAGCGCGCCGUCCAUUCGGAGGACGAGGACUUGAAGCGGGCUGCUGGCCUUGGAGACUGCAUCAAGGUCCCCUACGACACCAUUACUCAGUUCUGUCAUGGCGAGAGGGUGGUUAUGCUGUGCAAAGCCAAAUACCCAUAUAAACAUGAACUGCCAAUUAUACAUUUGUAAUUCCAACUUCCAGUGAUAAUCACUCAACUGAUUCAAAACAUUUUCAUUAUGUAAUUAUUAGAGGCAACUUCUUGUCGUUAAUGUACAGCCUGACACCAAAUCUACCCCACUACUAAUGUGCUAAAACUCACUGAGACUCUAAAUUCUAAGAAAAGUAUUCACAUAACCAACAAUACUCUUUGAAAUCUAUACACACACUCCGACAGUUACGUCACACUUUCCUGUGUAUCAUUAAUUUGGCUAACUUCUGCAUUUAUUCAGAGCAAUAUGGCACAGUGGUAAGGCACUGGAAUUUUACUAAGGUCAGUGCCUCAAAUCUCUAUUUGACCAUCCAGAUAAGGUCUCCUGUGAUUUUCCCAGUACACUUAAGUCAAAUCCCAGAAUGGCUUCUUUGAGACAGAGACAGCCAUUUUUGUUCCCCAUCCCUCCUGAUUCCAACUCCACCACUAUUGACCUUGGCAUCAAUGAGAGGUUAAACCCUAAUGUCUCCGUUCCUCCAUUUUCAUGAUGUUUAGGACCUGUAUAUAAUUCCAAGUGAGCAUUGAAAUUAUUUUGUGGUGGAGUAAUUUUGAAACUGGUCUACUCAGUCUGUCAAGGGUAACCUAGAAGGUUUGAAUGUGUUGGUCUGAAAAUGUUCUCGUAUCUCGUAUCAUCCCACUGUUAUGGGAAAUAGUACUAGUGAUGUAAAUGUACAUACUGACAGAUGAUAAGUGAACUGUAGUAACUCUCAUAAUACUGAGAGACUCGCAAUAGUUAAUAUUUAAAGAGAUUGUGCAUAUGACAUGAGGUGAAGACAGGGAGAUCUAUAAACCUUUAAGUCACCAGGGCACUGACGAAUCUCUAUCUGAUUCUGAAGGCAUCUCUGAAUUUUCUAUUCGGAAUGCCCAUUGUUCUAUGGAAAACAGUACUUUCUUGUCUUUGUGACAGAUUGUUGUUACACCAUCACUAUUCGUUUACAAAAAGUAUAUUUUCGAGUGAGAAAAGAUACGCAUUUGGAUCAGGAAAGGAAAUUAUUCUCUCAUCCUGUAGUGUGUCAUUACAGCGACACAUCAUGAUGACUGACAGAAAUAGAAUCUCCAUAUCCUUGCAAAUAAAAUUCGGCUCAGUAGAAAAAACUGGAGUGAACAUGUAAUAUAAAUUGCUGCAGACAAAGAAACUAGUGCUUUUGUCCUGUAGAGCAUUAGCUUGUCUAUCUGUUUUUUCAUCAUUAUUCAUCAUUAGAAAGCACCACUUAAUGCACAACAGUUUUAAAACAGUAGAUGCAUGUUAUUUCCUCUCCAAGUAGUAACUCACUUUCCUUGAUGAAGCUGCGUGGACUUUACUCUAGAUUCCCACUAGUGUACAUGCCUCACACCCUCGUGGUUCAUGUGAGAGAUAACACAGGUGCUUGCUAAACUACAGAAAUAGACUGUGUAUUAUAUUACCAUGGCCGGCCGGUGUGGCCGUGCGGUUCUGGCGCUUCAGUCUGGAACCGCGUGACCGCUCCGGUCGCAGAUUCGAAUCCUGCCUCGGGCAUGGAUGUGUAUGAUGUUCUUAGGUUAGUUAGGUUUAAUUAGUUCUAAGUUCUAGGCGACUGAUGACCUCAGAAGUUAAGUCGCAUAGUGCUCAGAGCCAUUCGAACCAUAUUACCAUGUAUUUACGUGCGACACUUUCCAUUGUCUGCAUUUCAUCACAAUUGCCAAUAUUUAUUUUUCCUUAACUAUGUACACCAUCCAUUGUCAUUCUUCAUCUACACUGUACAGUAAUUCUCCAACUGUACUUUUUGAUUUCCCUAGAGUAGUCAUAUAUGAGGUAAGGAGUACUUUGGUAAAUACAUCAGCUUCCAAGUGACGCUAAAUGUUGUUUCAAAAGAUGCAGUAUUGUUAAGUCAGGUAAGUAAAUCCUUACCAUAACUUUUCCAAGAUGGUUAUUAUUAUUGGUAAUGUAUGUCUCUCAGUAGACUUCAGUUCUGAUUGUCUUACAUAGCAAUGUCAGAAAAUUCCACUUUUUUUACAAGAAAUGUCUUGUUGAAAAGUCUUUUGAGGCUACAAUGGAAAUAAUUGUAAUGCAUUAUACCGAAAUGUCUAAAAGUUUUUGUACUGUAAGCAGAAUGAGCUCAAAUAAAUUAUUGUUUUUUAUAUUAA